AUGUACGGCAGGGCUGGCGAGGAGCAGGGACCGUUGAGGGAGAAGUCUGGCUGCCCCUGCAGUCACUCGAGUGACACAAGUGAACUGGACUAUCACGAUGCUGUGAAUGUUAAUGAUCGCUGCCAGAAAAUCUGUGACCAGUGGGACCGGCUGGGAACGCUUACUCAGAAGAGGAGAGAGGCCCUGGAGAGAACUGAGAAAUUGCUGGAAACCAUCGAUCAGCUUCACCUGGAGUUUGCCAAGAGAGCAGCUCCUUUCAACAACUGGAUGGAAGGCGCUAUGGAGGAUCUACAAGACAUGUUCAUUGUCCACAGCAUUGAAGAGAUCCAGAGCUUGAUCACUGCCCAUGAGCAGUUCAAGGCCACGCUGCCCGAGGCCGACGGCGAGCGGCAGUCCAUCCUGGCCAUCCAGAACGAGGUGGAGAAGGUGAUCCAGAGCUAUAGCAUCAGGAUCAGCUCAAGCAACCCCUACAGCACCGUCACCGUGGACGAGAUCCGGUCCAAGUGGGACAAGGUGAAGCAGCUUGUGCCCAUCCGGGACCAGUCACUGCAGGAGGAGCUGGCCCGCCAGCACGCCAACGAGCGUCUGCGGCGCCAGUUUGCCGCACAGGCCAACGCCAUCGGGCCCUGGAUCCAGAACAAGAUGGAGGAGAUUGCCCGGAGCUCCAUCCAGAUCACAGGGGCCCUGGAGGACCAGAUGAACCAGCUGAAGCAGUACGAGCACAACAUCAUUAACUACAAGAACAACAUCGACAAGCUGGAAGGCGACCAUCAGCUCAUCCAGGAGGCCCUGGUCUUUGACAACAAGCACACUAAUUAUACCAUGGAGCACAUCCGUGUGGGCUGGGAGCUGCUGCUGACGACUAUCGCCAGAACCAUCAAUGAGGUGGAGACCCAGAUCCUGACGAGAGAUGCGAAGGGCAUCACCCAGGAGCAGAUGAAUGAGUUCAGAGCCUCCUUCAACCACUUUGACAGGAGGAAGAAUGGUCUAAUGGAUCAUGAGGAUUUCAGAGCCUGCCUGAUCUCCAUGGGUUAUGACUUGGGUGAAGCUGAGUUUGCCCGCAUCAUGACCCUGGUGGAUCCCAACGGGCAGGGCACUGUCACCUUCCAGUCCUUCAUCGACUUCAUGACCAGAGAGACGGCUGACACCGACACUGCCGAGCAGGUCAUCGCGUCCUUCCGGAUCCUGGCUUCCGACAAGCCAUACAUCUUGGCGGAGGAGCUGCGUCGGGAGCUGCCCCCAGAUCAGGCCCAGUACUGCAUCAAGAGGAUGCCUGCCUACUCAGGCCCAGGCAGCGUGCCCGGAGCCCUGGAUUACACGGCCUUCUCCUCCGCACUCUAUGGGGAGAGCGAUCUGUGAGGCUGGGGUUUUGUAGUCGCUGAUCAGAACGCAAUAAAAGCUGAAGUCACAGUUUGUUUCUUGGAAA